UGCUCACACUUGGUUAACAUUUCUGUGUGCGCAGGAUCGACCAGGAGUGGCAGUAUCGCAUCUACUGUAAGACCCUGAAGACCUCCGAGCUCAACCUGCUGCAUCAUUACCUGGAGAGGUCGACCUUGACAGACAUUCAGCUGUGCACGGAGUCAGACCAGCAGCAGUGUCAGGAAGUCCAGCAGGAUGAGGUCAAACUGAGCUUCCAGCUGGAGGGAGAACGCUGGAUGGAUUUUCCCCGUGAGCUGCAGUGGAUGACCUACCUGAAAGAGUGGCAUGUGAGGAGAACGAGGAUCUGCCAACUGCCUGACUACCUGGCUCUGUUUACCCAGCUCACCGUUCUGGACAUCCCCAAAAACGCCAUCACUGAGCUGCCGCCCGAGAUUGGUAAACUGACAGUGCUGAGGGAGCUGUACGUCAGCUACAACCGACUGUCCCGAGUUCCUCCGGAGCUUGGGAACUGUGAGAAACUGGAGAGACUCGAGCUCGCGGGAAACCACAACCUGUCUGAGCUGCCGUUUGAGCUGAGCAGCCUGAAGCAGCUGGUCCACCUGGACAUCGCGGAGAACAGGUUUGUCUCGAUCCCCAUCUGCGCUUUGAGGAUGACGAGCCUGCAGCUGCUGGACCUCAGCAACAACUGCAUGACCGACCUGCCGCAGGACAUGGACAGGCUGGAGCAGCUCGUCACCCUCUUCAUCCACAAGAACAACUUCAAUUACCUCCCUCACUGUCUCGCCAACAUCACCACGCUGGCGACAAUCGUUGUCAGCGGUGACGAACUCACCUGCAUCCCAACUAAACUCUGCAACAACCCCAAAAUCAAGUUCAUUCGCCUCUACGACAACCCUGCGAGCAAAGAAAAGAAGAAGAAAGAGGAGAAGAAGAAAGAGGGUGUGAGAAGGAGGUGGAGGGAGCAGAGGGAGACAGAGGAGGUGAAGGAUAGUGGAGAGAAAGAGUUCAUUGAAGCGUACAUCAGCUCACUGAAGGACAGAGACACCGUCCCCUACGCCACCACCAAAGUCUCCAUUUCCUGCCUGCUUUGAGGAAGAGGAGGAGGAAGCCAGUGAAGGUUGAGAGGAUGAUGACUGAAGGAUGACAGCACUGAGGAAUUUCAAAAGAGGAUGCUAACAGAGGUUAACAUGGGAGGUGACGUGAAAAUGUGUUUUUAAUCUUUCAUACUAGCUCGAAAUUAUAAGAUAACAUAUUAAAGUUUAGUCCUUUAUUAAUAUUCUUUUUAAACUAAUUAUUGUUAAAUCGUUGAAUCUGGGAAAAAUAAAAUCAGCAGGACGUUCACGUAAACACUGAAUGCAUUAAUCUCAGGUCAUUGUAAUUUAUUUCAAACUGCAUUAUUAAAAUUAAUAAUUAAGUAUUGCAUGUAGGAUGCGCGUCAACUUUCAUACAUUUACAUUAAAUAUUGAUGAAGAUAAAAUCAAUUCCAAUUCCUGUUAAUCGAUCACUGAACUGUUUUAUUUAUGAAUCUUUUUUUCUUUUAGUUUUGAAUAUGUCGAUUGUCUAAAUCUCUUCAUUUCAAAAUCGAAUUCACAGUUGAAAUCAUUAAAAACAGACUGAAGCCGAUUUCUUUGGGAUCCUGAGCAGAUUUGAUUUUUAUGCACUUUUACAUUUCUCACAUUUAUCAGCUGAUGUUUUCUGUGUAAAUGUAGUUUUUUGUUCAAAGUGUGAAAGUUGUGACCAAAUAGAGAUUUUCUGUUUAUCAGGUUUGAUUUCUAUGAUUUCUUUUAGUGUAUUUUUCUGUGGUUGUCAUAGUUACAAACUUAGCAGCUUUGAUUUGUGCAUUAAAAUAUAGAAAAGUU